GGUAAAGAAAAAAAUAAUGAUGGAUAAUCUUAGGCAAACCCUUGGGAGUUUUGCAAUGGUAGCAUUACUCUUUAUUGGUUUUAUUUUCCUUUACCAUUGGUCUUUCUCAUCUUUCUCCACCCAAUUACUUCUAUCUCACAAUGAACCACUCUGCCAGCAGCAAUCAAACAUGAGCACCUAUGUUAAUGAAUCAUAUGGAGAUGGUCUUGACAAAGCUUUAGCCAAAGCUUCAAUCAGAAAUAACAAAACGGUGAUAAUUGCUAUGGUAAAUAAGGCUUAUGUAGAACAAGAUGUAAAUGGUGAUACCAUCACUAUGUUUGAUCUAUUUUUAAGCAGUUUUUGGCUUGGAGAAGGAACAAGAUCUUUGAUUGAUAAUCUUCUUAUUGUAGCCGUUGAUCAAACGGCCUACGAUCGAUGUCAAUUUUUGAGGUUGAAUUGCUAUAAAUUGGAGACAGAUGGUGUUGAUUUUGAAGGUGAAAAAAUCUACAUGUCUCAAGAUUUCAUCAAUAUGAUGUGGAGAAGGACUUCUUUCCUCCUGGAAGUUCUAAAACAUGGCUACAACUUCAUUUUUACGGACACUGAUGUAAUGUGGUUAAGAAAUCCAUUUAAAAAAUUGAGCAAGAAUGAGACUGAAGAUCUUCAAAUCAGCACAGACUCAUACCUUAAUGAUCCUUGGUCAGAAAAACAUCAAAUAAAUACUGGAUUUUACUUUGCGAGGUCGAAUAACAAGACCAUAUCUUUGUUUGAAAUAUGGAAUGGAAUGAAAGAUAAUUCCACAGGAAAAAAGGAGCAAGAUGUGCUUCUUGACCUCAUUGGAGGUGGUAUAAUUGGACAUUUGGGACUAAAUGUUAGGUUCUUGGAUACUCUCUAUUUUAGUGGAUUUUGUCAAGAUAGUAAAGACUUUAGGGAAGUGACCACUGUUCAUGCCAAUUGUUGUCGAAGCAUAGCUGCAAAGGUGGCUGAUUUAAAGGCAGUCCUUCAUGAUUGGAAGCAAUUUAGGAGGUUAGACUUAGAGGUUAACUCUACGAUAAAUAUCAAUUGGACAAGUCACCAAUGGUGUUUGAGGUCUUGGUGAUGACCUAACAGAACUAUGUGUCAAUCAUCAACUAAUAAUUGUUUAUUAGUUGAAUAAUGAUAUUUACAUAUGCAUUUCUAUUUUAUGUAUUCUAAUCUAAAAUAGGCAUUUGAGCUUGUGAGGCAAAUAGGUUAAAUUUACAUUUCAAGAUAGUUUAGUUAUCGAUGAGCUAAAACAUCAAAUGGACCAUUAUGGUUGGCAUUAUUGAAGCACUUUGUUCCAAUGUCA